AUGGAACAUGAAGGAAGCAAUAAUAACAACAACACAAAUGCUACUGUCGAAAACCCCCAAAGAGAUUCGAGUAUUAACAGCACAAGGGAAUUUUACAUAUCUCAGUCUGAACCGCCUGGUUCAACAUCCUCCCUUCCGACUUCUACCUCACCAACCCCUUCAGCCACAACCCCGUUGGUUACCUCUCCGUUCAACGAACAACCCUCUUCCGGUUCAGCAAACACUACACCAUCAAAUUCGACUUUGCCAACUGUUUCUAUGGUAGAAGAUCAAUCAAUUCAACACUUGAUAUCAUGGGCGCCUUCUGGUGAUGUGUUCAGUGUGUCGAAUCCCACUGAAUUCUCGAAGACGGUCUUGCCACAGUAUUUCAAACACAAUAAUUGGCAGAGUUUUGUGAGACAACUAAAUAUGUAUGGAUUUCAUAAAGUUAAUGACAUGUUUCACGCAAAUCCAUCAAGCGAAAGUCAGGCGUGGGAAUUUAGACAUCAGGAGUUUCGUAGGGGGCAUAUUUCAGCUUUACAAAAUAUCAGGCGCAAAAAUUCAAAACAUCAAUCUACCAGUAAUCAAAUAAAUAUGAAAGGAGGCCUAUCAAAUUCUGGACCGGGACAAAGCUUGUCCUCCGACAUUACUGCUGAGCGUGAUGAAAGAAUAGAUAGUUUAACGAAUCAAAUGGCAGAGUUGAUGGAUAGAAUGCGUCAGAUGACUGAAAAUUACAGUUUGCUCUACGCAGAGACUGUUAUCACCGAUAUAGCAAAUUUUCUUUCAUCCAUAUUUCGCGAAGAAGAUGCAAAUGAUCCUCGGAGCCUAAAACGAAAAUUUGAUGUUGAUUGUAUACAAGCAGAAGUGGCAAAAUUCGGGCAAGGCGACUCUCAAACUCCAUCUCAUCUGCCUCUGUCACAGCAUCCCUCUCACUAUCCCAGAGAGGGUAUUCAACCUGCAAGGACAAUUCCGACAAAUCCGCAACCAAUGUCCGGUGUCGAAUCGACAUCAUCAAUGCAUCACACAGCACGGAUGCAAGAUGUAGAUUAUCGUUCCAACGCGUCCCCGUCGUUCUCUGGUUCUCAGCCGCUUCAUCGAUCACCCGCUAAAAUUCCUACUUCUAGCCCUUUGUCGAUAUUACCCGAAUUUCCGUUUUCUCCACACAUGCAACCGAGCACAAAUUACCUGCGGCAUCGUUCCCCUGAACCGAUGACAAGCGUGGGCAGCAGCGGGAGUGUUUCAAGGUCUUCAUCUAUGGACACUUAUAAGCCAACUUCUAUAACAUCUUCGAAUUCACACACAACGCAAUCCUCAUCUCAAUACACUCAUUCUAGUCCACAUCGUGCUACGCAUCCUCCGCCUCAUAUCCCAAUGUCUUCGUCACAACAUCGAAGAUCCUCUCAACCAUCCUCACUGGGUUUUGGUUCUGAUAGUAAUUUGUUGAAUCCGGAUGGCAAUAGGUACAAGGACAAUAAUUCCAACCCAAUAUCCCAACCUCCACCGCAAAGACCUCCUUCAUCUCCCUCUACUUCAUCCCCCACCUCAUACAGUAAAACGGAUAAUCCAGCUACUGCCAAUCCUACAACAUCACAAUCACGCCCACCGCCAUUACCUGAACCUCCGGAUAAUGAAACUGAAUUUAAACGACGGAAGAGGAAUUAA